CAAAAAUGGAAACGUAACAACAGUGGCAUGCACUCGACACAUGAAAUGGAAAUAGGCAUGCUUAGCCAAUAUGGUCCAGAUCCACAGUGUGACAACCAAAUGUUUGCAAAAAGAAUAAUGGAUCCUUCUGCAAGCAAUCAAAAUGAUGUGUCUAAGAAGCUUAAAUUCGGGUCAGUUACAUGCCCAGGAUUAAACUCAGCUGUGGUUGAGGAGAUCUUACUGAAUCUGCCUGCAGAGGAUGUGGUAUUAAAGUGUCGUUUAGUAUGUCGUGAAUGGAAGGAGCUGGUGGACUCACAGGCACACUGGAGAGAGCGCUGCCGGAGAGAGGGGAUCGAGCCCUGCCGGAGAGAGGGGAUCGAGCCCUGCAAUGCGUCCAGACCUCCGACAAAAUUGUGUCUGUUUUACUUUAUGACUAAGAAAAGACGUAACUUACUAAAAAAUACCAGAGCUGAAGAUCAUUUCAAUGGAUGGAUCCUUGUAAAGAAUGGUGGAGACGAAUGGAAAAUAGAAGAGAAUUUUGCAGCCCUUCCAAAUGACAACAAUAAGAAAUGCUUCUCCACCUCUUAUAGGUUAUGUUUAAAGCAACAGCUGAUUAAUUUAAAAAAAGAAGGUUACAGUUCUGCUAUCAUGGAUCUUCUGCAACCUGACAUCAAAAUAUCAGACUGGUACGCCCCAAGCUUUGAUUGCAGGUGUUAUUAUAAGAUCUGUGUAGAACUGCUUGAUCAGGAAAAGAAUCCCAUCAGUGUCUUUCAGCCUGAAAAAGUUUUCUUUGAACAGUGGAAUGAUCAACGAUGGUGUCAACCUCCACAGGAUAAACAUGUCGUCUUCGGACACAACGUAGGGACGAAACAGACGAAUCCACAGACCCAUCCUGCAUGAAUAAAUCAGGGGAUUUUCGCCUGAGUGAAUCUGUGAUCCGCAGACCCAGAUUCGCUAAUUUAACACCAGUUGAGUGGCUCAAACAUGGCAGACUCGUCCUGGGAUGUCAAUAAUUAUGAGAUGACACACGUCUUUAAGAAUUAUGGACCUGGAGUUCGGUUUAUCCGUUUUACUCACGGAGGAAAGGAUACAAAGUUUUGGGCAGGCUGGUAUGGAGUAUGGGUUGUAAACAGUAGUGUAGAGAUCGGUCCAGC